AUGGAGGCUGAGACGCUCCGCCAAUUCCCCAUGGAGCGCCAGGACCUGAUGUGGGGUACUAACGGCAAGCUGGUCCCGAUCAGCUCCGUGUGGCCCGGGGACGUUGCCGCGCCACCGCGGUACCGGACGCGUCAGCGAGGACUGAAGCCGUCCAGAAGGGCUUCGCUUCGCGGUCAGGACGAGUCGCUCCCGCAAGCUCCUCCUCCUCCGGACCGAAGCAGGUUGCAGGCAGCCCAGCCGUCUUCCCUUGAUGACGUCACCCCGUCCACUUUUGAUGACACCCGCUCACCAGGUCUGUCCUUGUCCUCCAGGACUCAAGCUCCACCCCCGGUGACAAUUGCUCCGCCCACUGCACAGACUUUUUUCCCCUGUGCUACCACCCAACCUCAGGGCAGAGGAGCACAGAAAGUGAGAGGAGAGAGGCCUCUACUGAAAAGCCAUCGUCUCUGGGACUCGGAUGAUAGCGAAGAAGACCCGGGAAAUGGUGACCUCGCAUCUCUGGGGUUGGCAAGCCAAUUGCACAGGCAGACUCCACCGUCUCGCCGAGUGCCAGCAAGAGUCAUGAGUACUUGUCAACUCGACUCCUCAACUGGAGAUAACUUUCUAGCACAUCACCAUGGGGAAGGACGCAUUCAUAUGCCUUCACCAGCACCUGCAUUAAACAUGCAGAGAGUUACACAAGGAACAGCAGUCCCUCCUCGACUCCCUCCACCCCCCUCACCAGCAGCCCUCAACAUGUGGCAGACAGAGGAGCCUGGAUCCAGCCUGGCCUACAGGCCAACAUGGCGAGGGGGAAGAAUGGCCGACAACAUUUCCUGCUCUGCGCCUGAGGUAAUCCAGAUCCUUAGCCUGCUGGAAACUAUUACGCACAACCAAGACCAACUGAUUGCGAAGGUGCUGUGAGAAAAAAUGUGUUGACAAGGUCAGCCACGGACGUCGAGGUCACCAAACACGCCAUCAGGUGGUUCAACUUGGCGGGGGAUCGGGCAACGAGGAGAGG